AAAAAAAAGGGGGGGGUCGGAAGGGACCUGAGUUUUUCCCCCCUCCAUCUCGGGCCAUCUGUCAAAAAGACUGUUUUACAAAACGCAGCUUGUCCCGCAGACGUUUGGGUUGCAGUCUUGGGGGGGGAUUUGUCGCAGCUGAAGGCAGGAGGAGCGCACCGUGAGGAUUUGUGAUCGAGCAUUUGGACAGCGCCAUGGCGACCGAAGUGGAUACGUGGUCCACCGCUGCGCCAGCCGACGGGAUGUUCUCUUUCAACGACAACCUGGCAGAGGCUAACCGUCCCUACAGUGAUGACGAUGAAGUGCUGAAUGAGGCCGAGGUGAACGGUAACUGGACGCCCCAGGAGAAAGCACUACAUGAGGCGCGGCUCAAAGCCAAAGCCAAGCGUCGUCUGCGCAAGUCCUCAUCCCGCAACUCAGCCAGCGAGUCCGUCUCUGAGUCAGGAGAUUUGGCGGGAAGUGACCCAAACAGUCCAAAAGGCAAAGUCAACACCAAUGACCGCAAAUCCAGGACGGGCAAGGGCAGAGGCCUGCCAAAAAAAGGUGGGGCGGGUGGUAAAGGAGUUUGGGGGGCCGCUGGGAUGGUUUAUGAAGAUGAAGAGCCUGAUGUACGGGACCCCAACUAUGAUGAAUCUGCCCAGGGGGACACAGUUUACGCAACAGUUGUGCCAGAGGUGGAUGAGAAGGAACUGGAAAAAAUGGUCAACCCAAUCGUGCAGGAGUACUUUGAACAUGGAGACACAAAAGAGGUCCAGAUGUUGCUGAAGGAGCUCAACUUGGGCCCACAUAAGUACGAGUUCUCCUCCCUGGCCGUGUCCCUGUCCCUUGAAGGCAAGGCCAGCCACAGAGAGCUGACCUCCCGCCUGUUGUCUGAUCUGUCAGGCAAGAUGCUGUCACAAAGUGACAUGGCCCGUGCCUUCGACAAGAUGCUGAAAGAGCUGCCAGACCUCAUUCUGGACACACCGGAGGCUCCACAGAUGUUAGGCCAGUUCAUUGCCAGAGCCAUAGCGGACCACGUCCUCCCCAUGUCUUUCCUGGACUGUUACAAGGGCAAAGUGGACUGUGAGCAUGCCAGAGUGGCUUUAGACCGGGCUGCAGUGCUGCUGACCAUGAAGAGGGAGAUGGUUCGUUUAGAUAAUGUGUGGGGUGUAGGUGGAGGCCUGAGACCUGUCAAACAUCUCGUCAAAGAGAUGAACCUUCUGCUCAAGGAGUACCUGAUAUCAGGAGAUGUGUUAGAGGCAGAGCACUGUCUGCGGGACCUGGAAGUCCCCCACUUCCACCAUGAGCUGGUGUACGAGGUUAUAGUGAUGGUGCUGGAGUCGAAAGGGGAAACUGCCAGUCAUAUGAUGAUAAAGCUGCUUCAGUCCUUCUGGAAAACAGGCCUCAUCACUGUGGAUCAGAUGAACAGGGGUUUCCAGCGAGUCUACGAUGAACUCCCUGAAAUCAACCUUGAUGUGCCUCACGCCCACUCUAUCAUGGAGACCUUUGUGGACCUUUGCUACCAGGAGUCAGUCAUCACCAAACAGCUGAGAGAUGCUUGUCCCUCCAGAGGGCGAAAGCGCUUUGUAAGCGAAGGAGAUGGAGGGGUGAUCAAGAACUAACCCGCAAGAGGAAGAGGAGGAGCAGGAGGAGAGGUGUCUACAGGUUCUUACGCCCUGGUUCCACUCCAGCAGGUCCCCCUGAAAUCGGACGCGCUGGCAGUCUAAAGUUUCCUCGUUCCGCUCCUGAUAAUGUUGUCAUUACACAAACCAGCGUUGACGUUCGGUGAAAGUAGACUGAAGAAUUACCUGGCCGUUCAGUUCCCUUCAUCUUGUUAAUCACCGUUUUUGACAUUUUUGUAAGAAUAUGCUUUAUUUCUGGGGUUGGUGCGCCCCUCUUUCCUUGGUCUUUGUACCUGUUUGUCAGGAAUAAUUCAAGUCAGAUGUUUAAAGGACAGACAGGUGGACAGGUUGGGUUGUGCGGGAGAUGAGUUUGGGUGGUUUGUCUCAUGUUUUGCUUCGCCUGUUGCUACGUCUAAUUUUUUUUGUUGUUCCCCAUGUAACGGUCUACAAAUGAAAAAAGCACUUAAAAGACUGAGCAUACUGUACAGUCUACGAGCACUUGGUAAUAUAGCUCAACAACAAGGAUCUAAACCUUUUUAUUUUCUGCCACAAAUGAUUUGAAAAUAUUUCAAGGACAACAUGCUUUGUACCCUCUGGUUCCAGUGGUUCUGUUGAUCCCUCAUGAACAGUGUUUUUUUUGUUCUUUUUUUUUCUUUUUUUUUUUUUUCUUUGAAUCUUGGUCUCUGAGGCCAAAUCUUCACUUUGUUCAGCAUAGCAAUCAAAGCAAGAGAUGUUUGGGCACUGUUUGGGGUGUUUUCAUUGCAUUAGGGUAAAUAUACUUUGGAUGCCAUUUAUGAAAAUAAGAAUAAAUUGGGGAUAAGGUGUGUAAAAAAUAAUUGAAGAAGCAAUAUUCUGGGUACUCUGACUUGGCUUCCACGUGGUCAGUAUUCAGGACAGGUAACCUUAAAAAAAUAUAAAGCCAAACUUGCUUUAAAGAGCAGAAUUUAUCUGGAAGUUGUCCUUAAACUUGGAAUAUAUAUGUUGAAUAAGUCGGUGAAAGUGCAACCCUGACAUCUUAAGUACAGUAUAUUCAGAUUUUUCUGCCACCGUCUGUAAAAGUUUUACAUGUUGACCAAAGUUAAAAAUGUGGAUAAGAAAAUAUCUCAUUCAUCAAAAAACGGCAACAAAACAAAGUUUUUGUUUUUGUUUUUUGUUUUUUGUUUUGUUUUGUUUUGUAUUUUUUCCACAUCAGCAGUACUGGUGAAAGAGUAAUCAUGAUUAUGUGACUUGGCAAGAGUUGUAGAGAUGUACGUCAAUCACUUCCGUUGACCAUAGUCAUCAGUUGUGGUCUUUCACUUGUACCUUCUGUCAGUUUGUAUCAUUUCCCCAUUUUUCACUGACUAUUGAUCAGGGCAGGUGUAAAAAUGAUAACUUAAACCUGUAAUUGAAAAUCUGUUUAAGGCCAAAGGCUGGGUUUUUUUUGUUUUUGUUUUUUUUCCUCCUCUCCCAAGGCUCUGACUCUUGACAGCAUUUAUGGUACAUACAUUAUAAGAUGCCUGGCUAUGUGUCUUCAUAGGACAAAUUUAUUAUACCUAACGUGUAAAUAAUUGGGGGAAAUGUAUGUUAAAUGGUUCAUAUUUGGAAACUUGUGUAAUUCAUGGACACACUUAUUCAUUCAUGCAUGCAGCUCUCCACUGUCAAAUACAGGCUAUAAUGUUAAUGUUUUGUAUUCAUACAGUCAUAUUUGUACUAUUGAUUUAUUUUGGAUCAGCAACCUGUUCACAACACACUGCCCUACAGAAGAAGUUCAUUUUCUAUAUUUCAAUAAAAUGACAUA